AUCAACUCAACCGUGAAUAUGGUCAGAAAUAAUACAAACAAUACUGUUAGAGGUCCUACUUCAGCGUUGACAUCUUUUCUCAGAGAGCAGGGUAUUACUGGUCCAGCUGGAUAUCCAUACAGGCGCCUAGAUCAGCCAGCGAAUAAUCAGACAACCCCAGCAAAUGCUUCAACUUCACAGACGCCGUUGCCACAGGAUCAAUCAUCAGAUUCUGAGGAUUUAGAUAGAGAUGAUGACAUAGAACCAUCGUCUAAACGCCUUAAGGUACAGACACAAAUAGAUCAAGAAGAAGACCCUUAUACCGCUCCAUCCAGAGCAGAAAGUACUUCUUCUGGUGGCAUCGGUAGCAAGACUGCUUGUAUUGAAUGCCAAUCAAAGGUUAUUAUAACAAAGUACACACCUCCAGGUCCAGAUGGAAUUGGUGUUCUUUGUCCGAAAUGCACAACAGCCCUUGGUAUAGAUCCAUUCAAGCAGGACCAGCCAAAGCGUAAGAAAGCUCCAAAGAGAGAGAAACGAAAUGUACCUUCAAUUGAGCUACCAAAGAAACCAAAAUCACUCUCAGACUACGCCAUCAAAGUUAUUAUUGAUAAUAUUGACCACGUAGAGAGCUUGAACGAGAUAGGUAUAAACGCAUUGGAAACAAUAGCGAAGAUUAUCUCCAAAAAUCGCAGUCUAAACCCAAGAACUCUUCAAUUAUUCUUAGGCAGCCACCAAGAAAGCUUAUCGCUUUAUGAUGCUGCCAAUCUUGACACAGAAUGUUUAAAAAGUAUUGCAGUAUUAUGCCCACAUUUGAAGAAUCUGACUAUACAUUUCGCUGGUCAGUUGUCUGGUGAUGUUAUCAAAGCAUGGACCUCAAAAUUUAAGAAUCUAACGAGCUUGGAUAUACACGGCGCAUAUCUUGUUAAGCCCAAUGAUUGGGUUGCAAUGAUAAAGAAAUUCGGAUCAUCGUUGACAUCAUUUAAAGUAUCGCAUUGCUCAAAAUUUGAUGAGAGUUGUGUUGAAGCACUGGGAAACACUUGUGCAAACCUUGAGUCUUUAUCACUUUCACAAAUUAUGAUGUAUAAUCAAGGUAUCGAUCAUUUAUGCAAGUUAGAAAAAAUCAAACAACUUGAAAUCAUAGAGAUAAAUGGAGAAGUUACUUCAGAAGCCAUAGUGAAUUUGCUUAAAUAUAUUGGAGGUGGUAUUGAAUUACUCACUUUAUCCAAAAAUCCAGAUUUGGACGAUGAAACUUUGUCAGUUGGCAUUAAAUUGCAUUGUCCAAACAUCAGGCAACUAAACCUGAGUGAUUGUGAAUCAUUUGAAAACGAUGGUUUUAAAUCGCUCUUUAAUGACUGGAAUGCAGAAAAUUUGAAUGUUUUAGACAUCUCAAAAGAUUAUACGAUAGUUGAUGAUGGUAUCGAAGCUAUUGUCGACAAUGUUGGAAAAAAUAUUGAAGUAUUUGGUAUGAACAAACUAAAGAAUGUAACUAGAAAUCAACUUAUAAGUAUAUCGACAAAAAUGCCUAAGUUGAAAGAAAUUGAUAUUAGUUGGUGCAGCCAAACAGAUGAUUCAGUUAUAAAAAGCUUUAUGGAGAAUUGUCAGCAUUUGAAACAAAUAAAAUGUUUUGGUUGCUUACUUCUUACGCGAUUUUGUCCACAAAAGUCAGGAGUCCAGAUAAUAGGAUGCCCAGCUUUAUUGAUGUUGUAA